AUGGCUCCCUCAACAACAAGCCCCAACCAAGACGCUCCCGCAGACAAAAUCAAAAGCAGCAGUACCGAAGAAUCAAAACUAAGCGCCCUCGAAAAAGCCGAACUGUCCCUCGCAGACAAAUUCAGCUCGCCAGACGUGUACAUCAACGGCGAAAAGGACACCUGCUGGCACCCAUGGAUGGAAAACCUGGAACUCAAGCCCCUGCGCUUCGAAACGCGCUCCGGCACAUUUGUCGUCGUGCUUCGCAGCUCGGAGGAUACGUGGCUCGGUAAGCAUCGGCAUCGUGGGACCGUUACGGCUGUUACCGUUAAUGGGGAGUGGAAUUAUAAGGAAUACGACUGGGUUGCCAAACCAGGCGACUAUGUCGUCGAAAACCCCGGCACAAUCCACACGCUGCACAUGAGCAAAGGCGCGGAGGUCGUGUUCACCAUCUCGGGCAGUCUGGAGUUCUUCAAUGACGAUGAUACCUUGAAGAAUACGAUGGAUAUCUUUAGUUAUGCGCACUUGUAUUAUGAGCAUUGCAGGAAGCAGGGGCUGAAGCCGAAUGAUGGGCUUUGGUACUAA